AUGAAAUCCAGUGACAGCCCACAAGAACAAGAAUCCUCCACCAUUGAACAACCUCUUCCGUUUGACCCAUCACAACCUUCCAUUCCAAUCUCAUACCCAAUCAAAACCCUUGAAGAGCUUGAAACUCGUUCUUAUUUUGAAUCUUUUCAGUGCCCAUUUAACAAAUCUUCUGUUCCCUUAAAAACCGAGUCUUUGCCGAAUAGGCCUAGGCUUCUCGUUUGCCAUGAUAUGCAAGGAGGUUAUGUGGAUGAUAAGUGGGUCCAAGGAGGGACUAAUCCUGAUGCUUAUGCUAUUUGGCAUUGGUAUUUGAUUGAUGUGUUCGUUUACUUCUCUCACAGUUUGGUUACUUUGCCUCCUCCUUGCUGGACUAAUACUGCUCACAGACAUGGGGUCAAGGUGCUGGGGACUUUCAUAACAGAAUGGGAUGAAGGAAAACUUAUUUGCAAUAAGUUGCUUGCAACAAAGGAAUCUGCUUGGAUGUAUGCUGAGCGAUUGACAGAGCUUGCUGUGAAUUUGGGCUUUGAUGGAUGGCUGAUUAACAUGGAGGUUAAUUUGCUAAAGGAGCAAAUUCCUAAUCUUGAAGAAUUUGUGAGCCAUCUAACCCAUACAAUGCAUUCCUCAAUACCUGAAUCUUUGGUAAUAUGGUAUGACAGUGUUAUAACCACCGGACAUCUUAGAUGGCAAGAUCAACUGAAUGAAAAGAAUAAACCUUUCUUUGACAUAUGCGAUGGCAUAUUUGUAAACUACACGUGGCAGGUUAACUACCCAGAUCAUUCAGCUGCUGUGGCUGGAGAUAGAAAGUUUGAUGUCUACAUGGGAAUAGAUGUAUUUGGAAGGAACACUUUUGGUGGUGGACAAUGGAAUACAAAUGUCGCACUUGAUGUAAUAAAGAAGGCUAAUGUGUCAGCUGCCAUAUUUGCUCCUGGGUGGUUAUACGAGACAAAGCAACCACCUGAUUUUCGGACUGCUCAAAAUCGCCUUCUUGGUCUACUGGAAAACUUGUCUAGGGUAGAUUCAAGCACCCUUCCAAGUACUGACAAUCUUGAAAUUGCUCAGGGUCUAGGCUAUCAUAUUUCUGUCGAGGGCAACCAGCUAACAGAUGCUCCUUGGAACAACAUGUCCUGCCAAGGCUUUCAGCCUUGUCUUGAGUUUAUUGAUGGGCCGACUCCAGAUUCUAUUCAAUUCAUGGUGGACUUGAAGGAGGAAUCUUAUCUUGGAGGAGGAAACAUCACAUUUAAAGGGACUCUUGAUGACAAUGCUCCUUUCACAAUAAGGCUCUUUCAAGGAGAGCUUCUUUUGGAUAACCUACCUCUCCACCUUACAUAUUCUGUGAAAUCAAAGGGUGACUCGCUGCUGGGCCUGUCUCUUCAGUUUUCAUCUGUAAUGAAUGAGAGGAUAUGGGUGCUUGUGGCGCCAUCAGAAAUGAACGGAUUGUUGCCAAAAUUCAGUAAAGUGAUUGUGCCACAUCAAGUUAGCAAAAUGGCUUCAGAAUGGAUCGUAAAUGAGGGUACUGUUGCAAUGGAUGUGCACAUGUUAACAGAAAUUCAUGCUGUGUGCUACAGGACAAAGUCUAGACAUGGUGAAUUGCUAUCAGAACUCAGAGCAGAUAACCAAGAUGGUGCUCCAGCUCCCGUUCCUGCAGAGUAUUUUGCAGUGCUUGGUCACAUCUCAAUUAAAAACUUCUCAGAGAACUUAUUUUUUCCUCCCUCAACUGCAUGGGUAACCGAGAUUCAACAUGUUAAAUAUAGCUCAAUUUCUCAGGGAUACAAAGCUGUCAGUUUGAAACUCAUCUGGAAGCUGAAAGAUGGAAAUGAUUCUUUGUUCCCGAACUACAAUAUCUAUGUAGAGAAAGUCGCAAAAAAUAUUGAUGGAAAUGCAACUGGAACACUAGUAGGCAUGAGGGAGUAUCUUGGAGCAGCGCAUGUUCAAGCGUUUUAUAUGUCUGAUCUUUCCAUUCCCUCUCAUAUUGGUUGUCUCAAAUUCAUUAUCCAAGUGUGUGCUGCUGAUGGAAGCUACCAGGAGCUGGAUGAUUCUCCACAUAUGCUACUGGAUGUCGAAGUAGUAGCCCUUGCGGAAUUGCAAACAGGAUUGCUUAUAUCUGGCUAG